AUGAAUGUUAUCCAUAUGCUGGAGAGUUUUACGUUCCGUAAUCACAUAUGCAUGACUUUUGAGUUGCUGAGCAUAAAUUUGUAUGAACUAAUAAAGAGGAACAAAUUCCAAGGUUUCAGUCUGCAGCUAGUUCGUAAGUUUGCUCAUUCAAUCUUACAAUGCUUGGAAGCACUACACAGGCAUAACAUUAUCCACUGUGACCUUAAGCCAGAAAAUAUAUUGCUAAAGCAGCAAGGGCGCAGUGGAAUUAAGGUAAUAGACUUUGGAUCCAGUUGCUUUGAGCACCAGAGAGUCUACACAUAUAUACAGUCUCGUUUCUAUCGUGCACCUGAAGUCAUCUUGGGAAGUCGUUAUGGAAUGCCAAUUGACAUGUGGAGCUUUGGCUGUAUUUUAGUUGAGUUGUUGACUGGCUACCCUCUAUUUCCAGGAGAAGAUGAAGGAGAUCAAUUAGCAUGCAUGAUGGAGCUCCUGGGAACUCCUCCUACAAAACUUUUAGAUCAAGCAAAAAGAUCAAAGAACUUUGUCAGUUCUAAGGGCUAUCCUCGCUACUGCACAAUCACUACACUACCUAAUGGAUCUGUUGUCCUAAAUGGAAGCAGGUCACGAAGGGGCAAGAUGCGUGGUGCUCCUGGUAGUAAGGACUGGGUGGCAGCUUUAAAGGGCUGUGAAGAUGCUCUUUUCAUUGACUUCCUAAAAGGUUGUUUGAAUUGGGAUCCAUCUGCACGCAUGACCCCAACUCAAGCACUAAGGCACCAGUGGAUAUGCAAGCGAUUACCUAAGCCCCCAGUAACAGACAGUUUGACUGGAAAUAAAGUUGCCAGUCAUAUCAGCUCUUUCCCAGGGAUUAGUUCUAAGCUACCCCCUGUCGCAGGGGUGACCAACAAGUUACGGGCCAAUUUGAUGAGUAACUCAGAUGGGAGCAUACCACUUAGAACUGUCUUGCCCAAAUUAGUCAGCUAG